UCUGCCCUGUGGGAGGUGUGGCGCUGUGAGGGCCGUCCCCCGGCCGCCAUUUUGUGCCUAGGCGCCUCUCUCAUAAAAACAUUAUUUCUAAGUAGUGCGUCGUUGUGCGGUGGUGUCUGUGUUGUGCUACUUAGCCCGGGGAGGUGUGCGUGAGGAUAGAUCUCAGCUCUGAGGCUGUUUCCAAGAUGCGGGAGCAGUUGUGGGGAUUGGUCCCACUGCUGGCUGGCUGGGUUGGCUUUAGCUGAACUCUUGAACCUCUCAUGACCUCCCGUCCUCGCUUUAAUGAGUGUAACUCUUGUUUAGCAGCCAGCUGACUUCAGCGGAAGCUCCACAAGUGUUGUGAAGGAAAGCGUUGGCAGAGUCAGCUCGCAGAGUGUGGCAAGAACUGCUGCCUCAUCCCAGGUCACCUUGUCUUUAUCAGCUCUCUGGCUACUGGGGUUCUUUUCCUGGCCAGUCCUCUUCCCCAGCAGAAAUGCGGAAAAACCAGUUCUGUGGUUAAUUACUGCACUUCCCUCCACGCCCAUGGGUUCGGCUGCCUCCUCCUCCUCUUUUCUCCCAGCCUGGGUGCACUUCGGCCUCUUUGCCCCAGCCUGUUCCCUGCCGGCUCAGGUGCACCAUUAGGCCUGCAUAUUCAUUCCAUUAAUCUCAGGGCUUCUCCUGCCUUCCCAUCUUGUUCCUGCAAGGCCUGCUGGUGGCUCCUUCUCCCUCAGGGUGCACUGCAAGUGCAGAAGACACAGGCACCUGCCUUGCCCAAGGGGGUGACAAUUUGACACCAUGGCUGGAGGUGAUAAGAGCAUGAAGGCCCUGAGGGAGGUGUGGAGAAGAGCAGAAAACUCAUUGUGUGCAGACUGCGGGAAGCCGGAUCCUGACUGGGCAUCCUCUACCUUGGGUGUCUUUAUAUGCCUUAGCUGCUCAGGAAUUCACCGGAACAUCCCUAGCAUCAGCAAAGUCAAAUCCCUGAAGAUGGACCACUGGGAUGAUGCUCAGGUGCAGUUUCUGGCCAAGCAUGGGAAUGCUGUGACUAAGGCCAUGUAUGAAGCUCACAUCCCUAUUUACUAUUACCAGCCAACCUACAAUGACUGCCAGGUGCUGAGAGAACAGUGGAUACGGGCCAAAUACGAACGGAAAGAGUUCACUGAGCUUGGAAAACAGCUGCUGUAUACAGAUGGGGUGAAGGAAGGCAUCCUCUGGAAGCGAGGUCGAGACAGCGGGCAGUUCCAACCCCGCAAGUUCCUGUUGUCAGAGAGGGAGGGAUGUCUAAAGUAUUUCACCAAGCAGGAUGCCAAAGAACCCAAAAUCAAUGUCAAAAUAGAUGUCAUCAAUGCUACAUUCCAACCAGAGAAGAUUGGGAACCCCAAUGGCUUGCAGAUCACCUAUCUCAAAGACAACAAGACUCGGAAUAUAUUUGUCUACCAUAAAAGUGGAAAGGAGGUAGUGGACUGGUUCAAUGCCAUUCGGUCCGUGCAGUUCCAUUAUCUGAAGGUAGCAUUUCCCAUAGCCAGCGAUAAUGAGAUUAAAAGCCGGCUGACAAGAAACUUCUUGAAGGAAGGAUACAUGGAGAAGACAGGUCCCAAGCAGAGAGAGGCUUUUAAGAAGCGUUGGUUCACACUGGAUCACCGCAGACUCAUGUACUUCAAGGACCCUUUGGAUGCAUUUGCUAAGGGUGAGGUGUUUGUGGGCAGCAGAGAGAAUGGCUAUAGCGUCCAGAAGGGAUUGCCUUCAGGGACACAAGGCAACUUCUCUUGGCCCUAUGGCAUCACCAUUGUCACACCUGACCGAGAAUACCUCUUCACGUGUGAGACAGAGGCUGACCAGCUGGACUGGAUCACAGCUUUCACAAGCAUCAUCAACCAGGCCAUGACACCACAGGAAUAUGCUAUUGAAGCCUACUUCAAGUUUAAAUCAUAGAAAGCUGGGCAGGAACCUUGCUGUAACUUAACUCCACCUGGUCCUGUUGGGUGGGCUGUCAGA